AUGUCAGUAGCCAAGACUAGCAUUCAAGUUGCUGUGGAAGAAGAUGUUAUAUCAGAACUUACUAGUCUUCUUACAGAAUUUAUCAUAAAAUACUAUCAAAGCACUAAAUUGAAUAUAAAAGAAAUUCAUGAUUUUAAUAAAGAAAUUCAUAAUUCUCUAAGUAUAUCAAAUCCUGAAUAUCAUAAGCCAAGAAGUCAUCCUUCGAAGUGUCUCAAGUCCUCAACAGAAGAGA